AUUACCAGCAUGAGCCACUGCUCCCGGCCUAAAAAAAAUAAUUUUAAAUGGGAAAUAACACAAGGAAUAGUCAUUCUUUGUGAGGCAGAAGCAUAUGCUGGUACGUUGGCCAUUUUCAUUCACACUUGCCAGGAAACACUCACAUUUUGUUUAUGUAUGUGGAGGCAGCCAAGAGUAUUAUGUUAAUGUUUAGGAACAGAAUUUCCUCGUGAUUUUAUUGCUGAUUUCUGAAAUAAUUCAGUGUAACUAGUUUUGACUGUAUUUGCACAUCUCUCCAAUUCCAAAAGCUGGCAUAAUUUUCUGUUUGGUUAGGAAGCAGGAAUUUUAUGAGGACUUUUAUUGUAAAUUGUGUCAAGGGAAAAAUCAUCUUAUACUAAACGUCUUUAUUGCCAAACUAGAAUACCUUCACAAUCUGAACUUUCUAGGUGGCUACAGAUCAUGAAUAACUCAGAAACCAUUAGCUUAUUGUGUGCUUCUUUAAGGCUGGAAAGUGCUGAGGCUUUUUGCAGGAGCAGUUAGCAGGCGAACUGGUCAGCAGGGUUUCUGGGGAGCAUAGAUUUGUGUGACAGGGGCCCUGUGUUGCUAAGGAAUUAAUGCAGGCACUGAGAAAAGUCUCAGUGUCAGACACUCCUCCACCUCCCGGGUCCUGCUUCCCUCCCUCUCCCCUUUCCAGGCAACUCACAGUUUAGGGGUGUGGUUGUGUGUGUUUAAGCUCUUGGGUUUUACAUAUAAAUGCUUGAGACUUUCUGCAGGAUUUAAAAACCAAAACCUUGUAUUGCCGCUCUUUUAGGAUUUGUCUUUUAGAAUCUCCAGUCCUCACAGGAAAACCCCCCAAUUAACAAAAUAAAAGAAUAAAAAGAAUACUACUACUAAUUUUUUUUUUUUAAAAACCUCUAAAAUUUGUCUUCCCGGAUCAGCAGAGUGAAUUUGAACUGUGUGGACAUUUUUCCUCUUUCUUUCUUGAGUCGUGUUAGUACUGAGAACUUUUUUUUUUUCUGUCAAGUCAUCCAUUUGAUAAAUAAGUCCAGGAGACUUGGAUCCUUUCAACCCCUGAGGCCCCAAAUUAGGCUGUUUUUGUUUUAACUUCUGUGUUUCCAGUAAAUUCGACAAGCAGAAACUGCAACUAGAUGGCUCAGUAAAACCGAUGUCAAAUGUUCCUCCAUUAAUCUAAGAAGUUCCCUUCCUAACUCAGUAGACUCCAAGAACCUGAAUCACAAUCUCCCUCAAAGAUGUACAAGAUCUCAGGAGGGGAAGCUGCCCCCUCACUCUAGAUUUCACUGUGUUGAUAACAGCCAUCAAAGCAUUUCAUGGGUUUCUGCCUUUUUUUCUCUCUCUCUUUAUGUCUUGUUUUAGAUACAAUCUUCUUACUGCGAAGAAGCCAGGGGAAUAGGUAGCCACAUCUCAUUUGCAGAUAAGAAAGGAAGCUAAUGCAAUAUCUGCAAAGCCAGGAGUCUGACUCAGUACUUUUCUCUCUCAUGCAUAUAAAGCAGCUAAAAAUGACACAGCUUAUUUACCAUGCCCCUGACACUGCACUGAGCACUUUAUGAGCUUGAACUCUUUUAAUCCUCACGACCACUUCAUGAGACUCUCUGGAAAGCGCAACAGUAAUGGAGUACAUGAGCACUGGAAGUGACAAUAAAGAAGAGAUUGAUUUAUUAAUUAAACAUUUAAAUGUGUCCGAUGUAAUAGACAUUAUGGAAAAUCUUUAUGCAAGUGAAGAGCCAGCAGUUUAUGAACCCAGUCUAAUGACCAUGUGUCAAGACAGCAAUCAAAACGAUGAGCGUUCUAAGUCUCUGCUGCUUAGUGGCCAAGAGGUACCAUGGUUGUCAUCAGUCAGAUAUGGAACCGUGGAGGAUUUGCUGGCUUUUGCAAACCAUAUAUCCAACACUGCAAAGCAUUUUUAUGGACAGCGACCACAAGAAUCUGGAAUUUUAUUAAACAUGGUCAUCACUCCUCAAAAUGGACGUUACCAAAUAGACUCUGAUGUUCUCCUGAUCCCUUGGAAGCUGACUUACAGAAAUAUUGGUUCUGAUUUUAUUCCUCGGGGAGCCUUUGGAAAGGUAUACUUGGCACAAGAUAUAAAGACGAAGAAAAGAAUGGCGUGUAAACUGAUCCCAGUAGAUCAAUUUAAGCCAUCUGAUGUGGAAAUCCAGGCUUGCUUCCGGCACGAGAACAUCGCAGAGCUGUAUGGCGCAGUCCUGUGGGGUGAAACUGUCCAUCUCUUUAUGGAAGCAGGCGAGGGAGGGUCUGUUCUGGAGAAACUGGAGAGCUGUGGACCAAUGAGAGAAUUUGAAAUUAUUUGGGUGACAAAGCAUGUUCUCAAGGGACUUGAUUUUCUACACUCAAAGAAAGUAAUCCAUCAUGAUAUUAAACCUAGCAACAUUGUUUUCAUGUCCACAAAAGCUGUUUUGGUGGAUUUUGGCCUAAGUGUUCAAAUGACCGAAGAUGUCUAUUUUCCUAAGGACCUCCGGGGAACAGAGAUUUACAUGAGCCCAGAGGUCAUCCUAUGCAGGGGCCAUUCAACCAAAGCAGACAUCUACAGCCUGGGAGCCACGCUCAUCCACAUGCAGACGGGCACCCCGCCCUGGGUGAAGCGCUACCCUCGCUCAGCCUAUCCCUCCUACCUGUACAUAAUCCACAAGCAAGCGCCUCCACUAGAAGACAUUGCAGAUGACUGCAGUCCAGGGAUGAGAGAGCUGAUAGAAGCUGCGCUGGAGAGAAACCCCAAUCACCGCCCAAGAGCCGCAGACCUACUAAAACAUGAGGCCCUGAACCCGCCCAGAGAGGAUCAGCCACGCUGUCAGAGUCUGGACUCUGCCCUCUUUGAGCGCAAGAGGCUGCUGAGUAGGAAGGAGCUGGAACUUCCUGAGAACAUUGCUGAUUCUUCAUGCACAGGAAGCACUGAGGAAUCUGAGAUGCUCAAGAGACAACGCUCUCUCUACAUAGACCUCGGCGCUCUGGCUGGCUACUUCAAUCUUGUUCGGGGACCACCAACACUUGAAUAUGGCUGAAGUGGCAUGUUUUGGCAUGCCACUUCAAAAAACAUGUCAUGUUUGCUCUAAAUUAAGAUAGCGUUGAUCUCCUUGGGGGCUGGUUCUGCUGCCUUGACACAGGGGCCCUGGACAGUGAAUGGUGCCAGUUUUGAAGGAGCAGUGUGACCUCCCGUGACCCAUGAAUGUGCCUCCAAGUGGCUCCUGUGUGUUUGACUUGUGAAGCUAUCUGAUAACGCACCAGGUCUCAAGGUUCUCAUUUCUCAGGUGAUGUGAUUCUAAGGAAGGAAUUUGAGAGUUCACAGAAGGAUCGUGUCCGCUGACUGUUCCAUUCACUGUGCACUUUGCUCAAAAUUUUAAAAAUACCCAUCACGAGGAUAACAGAGUAGCCUAAAAUUACUAUUCUUGGUUCUUAUUUAAUUAUGGAAUCUUCAUUUUACUCAGAAUAGUUGUUUUGUGUAUAUUGGUGUAUAUUAUAUAACUCUUUGAGCCUUUAUUGGUAAAUUCUGGUAUACAUUGAAUUCAUUAUAAUUUAGGUGAAUAGAACAACUUGAAUAUCGUAGCAAUAAGCUGGACUAGUGUCUUAAAAAUGGCUAACUGAUGAAUUAGAAGCCAUCUGACAGCAGGCCACUAGUGACGGUUUCUUUUGUGUUCCUAUGGAAACAUUUUGUACUGUACAUGCUAUGCUUAAGACAUUCAAAACAUGAUGUUUUGAAUGUGGAUACAACUGUGUAAACCACAUAAUUUUUGUACAUCCCAAAGGAUGAGAAUGAGAAGAAAAAUGAACACUUUUGUAAAUUAUUGAUGAUGCUCCUUUUGUAAUUCUUAUGACUCAAUUUUCUUUUAAGCAUUUGUAUAUUAAAAUAGCAUACUGUGUAUGUAUUAUAUCAAAUGCCUUCAUAAAUCUUUCAUAUAUGUGUGUAUAUAUAUGUAUUUGUAACAUUGUAAAGUAUGUGAGUAGUCUUAAGUAAAGUGUGUUUUACAUUAUGCAAAUAAAACCCAACACUUUUGUCCAAUGUGACUGGUCAAAUCAACUGAAUAAAUUCAGUAUUUUGCCUUA